AUGUCUCAAAGACCAAAAAUUGAUGCUUUGAAACAAUUAUUUAGAAAAUUAUGUUACAAAAUUAAUGAUACAACUUUACUUGUAAAGUUUGAUACGUAUGAAAAUAUUAAAAUAGGGAAAUCAGAAGAACAAUUAAAAGAGUUAGACAUUUUUGGAUUGUACAAAACUAAAACUAUGAAAAGAAAUAGUACCAUGAUGGAAGCAAGUGAUCACCAACAGAAAACAACUCCUGAAGUAGAGUCAACUCUUCCAGAGCCAUCACCAAAGAAAUCUAAAUUGAUUGAGGAGGCUAUUCCUCAUACAUCAAUAGAAUUAUCAUCAGACCAAAGAAAGGAUAUUUUGAAACUGAAGAAGCUUAUUGAAAAAGCAUCUAAUCAAAAAUCGAUCAACAUUCAAUCAAUACUAUCAAUUUUGAAUAGUGCUCUCUGUCUUAAACAAAUGGAAAUGAUAUUUGAAGAAUUGUCAAUAGAUAAUCUCAAUGAUGGAUUGCUAUUUCACAUUAUACAAGGUCUUUUUUCAAAAAGUGGACUAACAACUAAUAAUAACCAUAUUGACACAUGUGAUCAAUGCUCCUCUAUUAUACAGCAUUUAAUUCAACCAAAAUUGAUUAAUAUGAAGCAAAAGGCCUCUAGACAUUUAUUUUCAAGCAUUCAACAAGUUUGUUGUAAUCAAAAAUUUAGUAAUAUGAUUAUUGAACUAAUAAUUCUCAACCUUUUAAGAGAAAAAUCAUUAUCUGUAGAUCAAAUUGAGAUAAUUACUAGAAUAUUAGAUAAAAUAAUUGAUGUUGAAGGGAAGGGGUAUUUGUUCAAACUGAUUAUUGAAAAUAUUUCCAACAAACAAAUCAAGUGGAAUGAAGAAACAACCAUUAAUAUUCUAAAUAGGGUUAUGGAAACAAAAAAUUUAAUAUCAAAAAUUGAUAUUAAUUUACUGGAGCAACUCAUUACAGAAUUUGAAGAGAUUAUUCCCCAAUAUUCGAAAUCUUUAAAGUUUGCUCUUUUAGUUUCUAAUUUUUUAACAAUAGUUGGGCAAACACAUAUCAUAAAGUCUCACUACCCAUCAAUCAAAGAUAUUAUUGGACAACUAGACAAUAAGAUGAAAGAGAAUAUUGAGAAAAAGUUUGAAAAUUUUCAAACAAAGUGA